GCAUUCCAACCAUUCCAGUCUCCGCGAACAAUCGACCCUCAGUUAUUUAUGAGCAGCGCUUUCUCUCUCUCUCGACUCAGUCUGUUGUGAAAGCUUCUCGGAGACGCACACCGUAGCAGUGCACUCUCUCAGCGGAACGUAGUAUACUCAGGAUACGAAUUUAUACUUUACAGUUAUAGGAAGUUCUACUAGGAUUACAUUACGUUUAAAAGAAAUAUAAACGAUAUAGACCUACGGCGUCCACAACUUGUUUCCGUGAUGACAAUGUAAAUAGAUCUGUGGUUAACUAAUAAUCCAAACCACCAAAGUUCAACACAGCACAUUCACUUAUAUAUUCUCUGAUUGACUGAGAUGAGAACUGCUGAGGAGUCUUCUGGUACGGUUCUACACCGUCUAAUCCAGGAGCAGCUCCGUUACGGGAACCCCACGGACACCCGUACCCUCCUGGCCAUCCAGCAGCAGGCCCUGCGUGGAGGCAGCAACAGCAGCGGAGGAGGCGGUACCGGAUCACCCCGCUCCUCUCUGGAGAGCCUGACCCAGGAAGAGUCCCAGUUCAUCCACAUGUCCACCAGACAGGACCCCCAGGGUCAGGAGUACCAGGGGGACUACAAACACUGUGAGAGGGACUCCGUGUGUCACCUCUACCAGCUCCACAGACACGGAGAGGAGCUGCCCACCUAUGAGGAGGCCAAGGCUCACUCUCAGUACCUGGCCUCGGUAGGAGCCCAGCGGGGUCAGGGGCUUGAGGUGAUGGAUCACCAGGGAGGGGGCCAAUGGGAUUUGAAACGGGAGCACGCCCGCUCCCUCAGUGAACGGCUCAUGCAGCUCUCCCUGGAGAGGAACGGUGAAUCAUGUGGAUCCAGAGACAGUCUGCCCCUCAGCUCAACACAGAGUUACCCACAGCUUUCCAAUGGCCACUGUGGGCCUGUUGACCACCAGGGACCAGAGUCUCUCCAGUACCCCGAUCAGAGGGGACCUCCCCCGGAUUACUACCCCUUCCUGGUCAGGCCUCCUGGAUACAUGCUCAGCCACUCACAGGAGACACACGGACACUACCACCAGGAACCCCCUCCCCCAUUCCACUCCCAGCACAGGUAUGAACCUGCCCAUGCCCAGAUGAUUCGCCACAGUGUCCAGUCUGGUCCAGAGGUCUACAUGAGCCACGCCAACCCCAGUACCCACAACAACAGUGCCCAGAUGGACCUGUUGAGGGAAAAUGAGAGACUAAGGAAAGAGCUGGAGGGGUACAGCGAGAAGGCUGCCAGACUUCAGAAGCUGGAAGGAGAGAUCCAGAGGAUAUCUGAGGCCUACGAGACCCUGAUGAAGGGCUCAGCCAAGAGAGAGACCCUGGAGAAAACCAUGAGGAACAAACUGGAGUCAGAGAUCAAGAGACUGCACGACUUCAACAGAGACCUCAGAGAUCGUCUGGAUACUGCUACAAAACAGCGAGUAACCAAAGAUGUUGAAUCUGCCAACCAGAGGCAGCAGCUCCUCGAACAAAAUGAGGAACAGCAGCGGGAGGUGCAGCGUCUGCGUGGCUCCGGGGAGGAGUGGCUUCGGCGCCGGGAGGUUCUGGAGCUGGCCCUGGGGUCGGCACAGACCCGUAACCUGGCCCUGGAGGAGGAGCUUAGAAGGAAGAAGGCGUACGUAGAGAAGGUAGAGCGGCUGCAGAGUGCCCUGGGCCAGCUACAGGCAGCCUGUGAGAAGAGAGAGGCCCUGGAACUGAGGCUGAGGACCAGGCUGGAGCAGGAGCUGAAGAGCAUCCGAUCAGCACAGUCCCACAGCACGGCUAGCGGUCCUGGCUCCCUGCCCUCUGAUCUCAGCUCCAUGGUGUCUGUACAGCAGCAGCAGCUGGCUGAGAGAGAAGAGAGGAUCCUGGCUCUGGAGGCUGACAUCACACACUGGGAACAGAAGUACCUGGAGGAGAGCACCAUGAGGCAGUUCGCUAUGGACGCAGCCGCCACCGCUGCAGCUCAGAGAGACAGCAGCGUCAUCAAGCACUCGCCUCGUCACUCACCCGACAACAGCUUCAACGACCACCUGGCAUUCAGCCACAGGCACCGGGAGAUGGAGAACAGAAUCCGAGCGCUGCACUCCCAGCUCCUGGAGAAGGAUGCCGUGAUCAGGGUGUUACAGCAGCGGACUGGACCGGAGCAACAGGCCCUCCUCCGCCCUGCCAGGUCCGUCCCCUCCAUCAGCACCACUGCCAACGCCUCCACAUCCACCUCCUUCAAUGGCCCGGUGGAGCGACCCAUCUGGGGAAAAGGAAAGAGCCUCUCUGAUGACCAGACGGCUGCUGCAGUGUCUUCUCUGUCCCGAUCCCCCCACCAACACCCCCGCACCCCCCUGGCCCUGCCUCUCCCCUACUCCGAGCCUCAGAGAAGGGACCACAGCAGCCAGUGUGAUAGUGAUGUCCCAGCCCAAAAGGCUGACCUCACAGUGGAUCCCCCCAGCAGUUCAGACACUGCAGCAGGCGUAGUAGAAAUCCUUAUUUAACAAAGGUUGAACUGUGGAUGGACAGUGAAAACACGGUCGAUGACCGAGACAACUUCCUGUCCUGCAUAUCCCACCCAGAGAGAAGAAGACAGCCUGCCCGUCUGUCUGUUUCUGGCCAGACUGGCCUCCAGAUGAACAGAAGGACACUUCCUUUGAAGACAGAGGGACAGUUUGGAGAUGGACAUGGACAUGUGCUUCCUACCUACCCACCUUCCUUCCUACCUACCCACCUUCCUUCCUUCCUUCCUUCAUUCCUACCUACCUACCUUCCAUCCUUCCUUCCUUCCUUCCUACCUACCUACCUUCCUUCCUAUCUACCU